AUGGAGGGGAGGGCGCUGUGGUUCAACUCGGCCGCGCUGUUCCUCGGCAUGGUCCUCGGCGGCGGGGCCGUGGCGCUGCACCCGCACGCACGGCGGCGGCGGCCGGUCGUCGAUGUGGCCGUCGAACAUCUGACCUGGUUCACGGAGACCGUCGCGAUCACCGCGUUCGCGCAUAACGUUUGCAUCUUCUUCAAGGUUGUCGAGAUGAUGCAGAAGUGA